UUGAGGGAGGGAGGAGCGCUGGAAAAUCCAAGGGGUGGAAAGUGAGGAGCAAAUGGCCUCGUCAAGUGUUUGUUUUCCAAGAGAGAGAGAGAGAGAAAGAAAAAAAAAAAAAGGAAAAUAACAGCAGCGAUGGGUUUGGAAUCGGCACCAUCCCAGCGGCAGCUCUGGAUUUGGGAUGAGAAAUACAAAACCCUGCCGGGAAAAUAAAAAAAAAUAAAAUAAAAUAAGGGAAUUUAUUUUCUAAAUUCAACCUGUGCUGCCAGAGAGAGGGGGAGAGAGACUCUCGUUCUUGAAUUCUUGUCCCUGCUCCGAUCCUGGAAAUCUCUGCCCUGAAUUCCAGAGGCGCUGAGAGUUCCUGCAUAAACAAAAAAAAGGGAUCCGAGUGUGGCAGGACGGCGUUACCUGGAUUAAAAACACGGAUAUUCGCUGCUCGCGCCUCAAAACCAAACCCUGGCGGUCAGCUCCCACCAGACAGCUGGAGAGGGGCCGUCACGUGGCCUCGGGGUGCCAAUGUUCUGCCAGAGGGGUGUCAAGACCCUGGUAGCCAAAAAAACCCUCGCCGAAGAUGCAGAAGGCCUCGUACUACGACAGCUCCACGCUCUUCGGGGGUUACUCCUACGGCGGCGGCGCCAAUGGAUUCGGCUACGAGGGUGCCCAGCAGCCUUUCCAAGCCGCUUCCCACAUGGAGAACGACUUCCAGAGGUCCGCCUGCUCCCUGCAGUCUCUCGGCAACGCCGCCACGCACGGCAAAAAUAAAGAGCUCAACGGGAGCUGCAUGCGGCCCGGUUUGGCCCCGGAGACGCCGGGCUCGCCCAACGCCAACAACGGCAACGGCGGCGGCGGCAACGGCCAGGCCGGCGGUGGGAAAAGCGCCGCCGGGAAAGCCAACCUGGGAGCCGGCAUCUCCAAGCAGAUCUUCCCCUGGAUGAAGGAGUCGAGGCAGAAUUCCAAGCAGAAGAACGGCUCGCCCAGCGCAGAAACCUGCAGCGGCGGCGAGAAAAGCCCCCCGGGCUCCUCGGCCUCCAAGAGGGCGCGCACGGCCUACACCAGCGCGCAGCUGGUGGAGCUGGAGAAGGAAUUCCACUUCAACCGCUACCUGUGCCGGCCGCGGCGCGUGGAGAUGGCCAACCUGCUGAACCUCAGCGAGCGCCAGAUCAAGAUCUGGUUCCAGAACCGGAGGAUGAAGUACAAAAAGGAUCAGAAAUCCAAAGGCGUGGGCUCCUCCUCCGGAGGGCCUUCCCCGGCGGGCAGCCCCCCGCAGCCCAUGCAGGCCUCGGCGGGGUUCCUCAACGCCUUGCACCCCAUGAGCGGCGCCUACGAGGCGCCGUCGCCGCCUUCCUUCAGCAAACCCCACCAAAACGCCUACGCCGUGGCCGCCCCCGGCUACCAAGCGCCCCUCAAGGCUUGCCCCGGCCAGCAGAAGUACGCCGGGGCCGCCGGCGCCGCCGAGUACGAGCCGCACGUCCUGCAGGCCAACGGGGUGGCCUACGGCGCCGCCGGCGUGCAGGGCAGCCCCGCGUACGGCGCCGGGAACUUUGUGGAUUCUCUGCCCGCCUCUGGCCCGUCCCUUUACGGCCUCAACCACCUGCCGCACCACCAGGCCGCCGGCGUGGACUACGGCGGAGCGCCGCCGGGCCAGCCCCACGGACCGUGCGAGAGCCACGCCGCCUACGCGGAGCUCUCCUCGCACCACGCGACUUCUCAGGGCAGAAUCCAAGAGGCGCCCAAGCUCACCCACCUGUGAGAGGGGGAGGCCGCCGGGAUGGGGGAAGGCCGAGGGGAGGUUUGGGUUUCAGGGAUGUUGGGUUUCCCUCCGGCCUCGCCGCCGAGGUUUUGGGGUUGUCGCGCUCGGGGUUUUGGGGUUGGCGAAGCACAAAAUCCGAGAGUUGGCGGUGGUUUUGGAAGGGAGAAACUUCCUGGGUUUUGACAUGAAUUUCUUCGGGAACGGGCUCGGGGUGGUUUUGUGGGAAUGCCAGGGGGUGUCCAAGCCACGUUGGGAUCGUCACCGAUCGUUCCCGGAUGCUGGGAAGGAGAAGAAGCCGAAUUUCGGGGUCUCUGCGUCCACAAAACCCCAAAGGGAUCCACUGGGAAGCUUCCCCCUCCUCCUCCGAGUCCUUCUCCAGAUCCAACCGUGGUUUCCUUCCCAGCCUUCAGAGGAGGGCUCGUCCUUUCCCACCGGAAAAGGGAUAAAUCCAAUUCCCCAUUGGAAAAGGGAUAAAUCCAAUUCCCCACCGGAAAAGGGAUAAAUCCAAUUCCCCAUUGGAAAAGGGAUAAAUCCACUUUCCCCAUUGGAAAAGGGAUAAAUCCAAUUCCCCACCGGAAAUGGGAUAAAUCCAAUUCCCCAUUGGAAAAGGGAUAAAUCCACUUUCCCCACUGGAAAGGGAUAAAUCCACUUUCCCCACUGGAAAAGGAUAAAUCCAAUUCCCCACCAAAAAAGGGAUAAAUCCAAUUCCCCACUGGAAAAGGAUAAA